AUGGAAGAACAUCAUCUUACUCCAUUAGCUGUUACUCAUCUUCUUCAACACACUCUAAGAAGUUUGUGUAUCCAUGAUAAUUCUCAAUGGGUUUAUGCUGUUUUCUGGAGGAUCUUGCCUAGAAACUACCCUCCUCCCAAGUGGGAAGGACAAGGGGCUUAUGAUAGAUCAAGAGGAAACAGAAGAAAUUGGAUAUUGGUUUGGGAAGAUGGAUUCUGCAACUUUGCAGCAUCAGCAGCAGCACCUGAAAUAAACAACUCUGGUGGUGAUUGUCCUAACUCAUCUUCAUCGGUUUACGGAAACUGCGAGUUAAUUCAGCCUUACCAAGGUCUUCAACCUGAGCUUUUCUUCAAGAUGUCACAUGAGAUCUAUAACUAUGGAGAAGGGUUGAUUGGAAAAGUAGCUGCAGAUCACAGUCAUAAAUGGAUAUAUAAAGAACCUAAUGAUCAAGAAAUUAAUUUCUUGUCAGCAUGGCAUAAUUCAGCAGACUCACACCCUAGGACUUGGGAAGCUCAGUUCUUGUCUGGUAUUAAGACCAUAGCCCUCAUUGCUGUUAGAGAAGGUGUUGUUCAAUUAGGAGCUGUUCACAAGGUGAUUGAAGAUUUGAGCUAUGUAGUUCUACUGCGGAAAAAGUUCAGCUACAUCGAAAGCAUACCGGGAGUACUUCUCCCACACCCUUCAUCAUCUGCAUACCCUUAUGGUGGUCCAUCAGAACAAUGGCAUAAUUUUGCACCACAGCAUCAUCAACAUGGUGACCAAAUAUAUGAUCAUUUCAUGAACAACAACAACAACAUGCCAAUGAAAGUAACUCCAUCAAUGAGUAGUCUCGAAGCAUUACUCUCAAAGUUACCUUCAGUUGUUCCACCACCACAACAACAUCAACAACAGCUACAAACACAAACACAACAUGUUUUAGCACCAUUGCGAUUCAUGGGAGGAAUGCAAAAAGUUGCAAAGGAAGAGUUAGAUGAAGAAGAGCAAGAAGAGGUGUAUAGACCUGAACAACUUGAUGUUGGUGAGAGUAGUAGUUCUAUGUCGGGAUACCAUCAUCAUCAACAUCAUUUUCAUCAAAAUAUUACAGGGAAUAAUGGAUCCAACAAUAUUAAUGGAUUUUGA